UGAUUGGCUGCUAUCCCCAUCCAGUCUUCCUCUACACAGGUUUUGAUAAAUCUUCCCUGUCUUCCUCCAUCAACCACUCCCUAUUAUCCAUUGUAGGAAUAUAAAAUGAUGACUUCAGAUUUAUCUGGAAAGUUAUACCCGGCAGCCAUUACUACCAUUUGAAACAUCGAGGAUUACAAAAGAAAUCUCUUUGUCCUCACUGGGGGAGACAGGUUCGGCUUAAGAAAGAACCUCAGACUGUAGCAUGAAAACAGAGAGGAGGGGGGUUACAAAGAAGCCUACAAUGAUGAGAUGAAGAGACACAGCACAGCAGACUCAGGGAGGAAGAGGAGUCAUGCAGGGUGAGGACUCUCCCCCUCCAGAGCACAGAAUGACAAACCAAGUGCAUUGGUUUGAACAGCAGACUGUAAAAAGGAGGACAAAAAGACAGAUCAAUGUCCUGCCCACAGAUCCCAUGUUCCAAAAGCAGUGGUAUAUGAACAAAGAUAUCAGUCAAGACUUGAAUGUACUAUCUGCUUGGCGUCAUGGUUUCACUGGACAUGGAGUGGUGGUGACUAUCCUGGAUGAUGGAAUUGAAAAAGAUCAUCCUGACCUGGAAGAGAAUUAUGACCCUUUUGCAAGCUAUGAUUUUAAUGAUGAUGACCCUGAUCCUCAGCCUCGAUAUAAUCCAUCUGAUGAAAACCGUCAUGGAACACGUUGUGCUGGGGAGGUGGCUGCAGUUGCUAAUAAUGACAUUUGCUGUGUCGGGAUUGCAUACAAUGCAAGGAUAGGAGGGGUGCGGAUGCUUGAUGGAUUGAUCACUGAUAUUAUAGAAGCUCGGUCAAUAAGUCUGAAUUCACAGUACAUACAUAUCUACAGUGCCAGCUGGGGGCCAGAAGAUGACGGCAAAGCUUUGGAUGGACCAGGCCCGUUGGCCAGGGAGGCUUUUUUAAAGGGAAUUGUAAAUGGCCGUGGUGGCCUUGGCUCCAUUUUUGUUUGGGCGUCAGGAAAUGGUGGCUUGCGUUAUGAUAACUGUAACUGUGAUGGUUACACGAACAAUAUUUUCACCUUAUCAGUUGGCAGCACCACAGAGAAUGGAGAAAUCCCAUGGUAUAGUGAGGCUUGUGCAUCAACACUCACUACCACCUUCAGCAGUGGCCUCAACAAGAACAGACAAAUUGUAACUACAGAUAUACGCCACCGUUGUACAGAGCGCCACACUGGAACAUCGGCAUCUGCUCCUUUAGCUGCUGGAAUUAUUGCACUUGCACUGGAAGCAAACCCUGCUCUCACAUGGAGAGAUGUUCAACACAUCGUGGUACGUGCCUCAAGUCCUGCUAACCUAAAAGCUGAUGACUGGGUGGUAAAUGGAGCAGGCAGGAAAGUGAGUCACUAUUAUGGAUAUGGCCUUCUGGAUGCGGAAAAAUUGGUGGACCUAGCUCUAAAAUGGGAAACUGCACGUCCCCAGAGAAUGUGUGUGGUGAAUUUUUUGACUGGUCCUCAGAGAGUGUCCUCCCAUCUUGUAGUAAGUCACAACAUCAGUGGCUGCUCAGGGACAACAAACUACAUCUUGUCUCUUGAGCAUGUUGAAGCCCAACUCUCCCUCAGCUAUACUCGCAGGGGUGAUCUCGAAAUGUACCUCACCAGCCCUAUGGGGACACGUUCUGUAUUAGUGGCAUUGAGACCCUAUGAUACUAGUUCUGCAGGGUACCAAAACUGGUCCUUCGUGAGUACACACACAUGGGAUGAAAAUCCACAGGGCACUUGGACUUUUGAAUUGGUGGACAAAGGAGACUACAGGAACACUGGAUUCUUGCACAGCUUUGUGCUUAUUCUCUAUGGGACUAAUGAAGACUUGAUGGCUAGAAAAAUAGGAAUCCCUGUAUUGACUGAAUGUCUGAGCCAUGGCCCUAGUGGAGUAUGCCAGGAAUGUGAAGCACCAUUUUAUAUCUUUGGAAACCUCUGCAUAUCCUAUUGUCCACCAAAAUACUUCAAGGCUCCUCAGAAGGGAAAGACUAGCGAAAAAGAAUCCCAACCUGGUCAUAUUUGUGCUCCAUGCCACCCUUCCUGCUAUACUUGCAGGGGUGAUUCUGCUAAUAACUGCACCUCCUGCCCCCCGUUUUCUACCCACAAUAAUAAAAAAAGGUCUUGCUCGCAGGUGGACUUUCCAUAUUCUAGUAAUGCUUACUCUCUUAUAACACCUGGAAUCACUGUGGUGGGAGCCAUUGGUGCAGGAGUCACUAUGAUUAUGUACUACUUAUUUUCUCCUUCUUCUUGCUCCUCCUGAGUGGAAUGUCCAUGAAAUAUGAUGCAUUUUCUACAUCCUCCCUGCAGCCUUUUGUGGAAAUGGAAAUUGUGAAUUAAAAUACUC